AUGAAGUUAAUACCAAUUUUUCUUCUGUGCUUUGCAGCGGCAGAUGCCCAGCUGAGUUUGGGAGUACAUGAUCUGGGGAUGCCUGCUGCGGGAGCACAACAGCGACAGUCCGUUCGUUGGUCGCUUGGUAGAGUCAUCCCAGGUGGGCCAACUUCUUCCCAACAUCUUCAUGAUGCAGGAUUGCCCUUACCCAUUGAAGGAGGCAUUUACGAUUCUUCGCCUAUGACCAAAGAUGAAUUCAUAGUCAGCGGUUCACAAGGAAGGAACCUUGGACAUGUGACGCCCCCAUUCCCAGGUCAGCCCAAUGUUGGGGGACAAGGAACAGGACAUGUGACGCCCCCAUUCCCAGGUCAGCCCAAUGUUGGGGGACAAGGAACAGUACAUGUAACAGCGCCAUCCCCUGGUCAGUCCAACGUUGAGGGACAAGGAACAGGUCAUGUGACGCCGCCAUCCCCUGGUCAGUCCAAUGUUGGGGGACAAGGAACAGUACAUGUGACGCCCCCAUUCCCAGGUCAGCCCAAUGUUGGGGGACAAGGAACAGGACAUGUAACAGCGCCAUCCCCUGGUCAGUCCAACGUUGAGGGACAAGGAACAGGACAUGUGACGCCGCCAUCCCCUGGUCAGUCCAACGUUGAGGGACAAGGAACAGGACAUGUGACGCCGCCAUCCCCUGGUCAGUCCAACGUUGAGGGACAAGGAACAGGACAUGUGACGCCGCCAUCCCCUGGUCAGUCCAACGUUGAGGGACAAGGAACAGGACAUGUGACGCCGCCAUCCCCUGGUCAGUCCAACGUUGAGGGACAAGGAACAGGACAUGUGACGCCGCCAUCCCCUGGUCAGUCCAACAUUGGGGGACAAGGAACAGAUCAUGUGACGCCGCCAUCCCCUGGUCAGUCCAAUGUUGGGGGACAAGGAACAGGACAUGUGACGCCGCCAUCCCCUGGUCAGUCCAACGUUGAGGGACAAGGAACAGGACAUGUGACGCCGCCAUCCCCUGGUCAGUCCAAUGUUGGGGGACAAGGAACAGGACAUGUGACGCCGCCAUCCCCUGGUCAGUCCAACGUUGGGGGACAAGGAACAGGUCAUGUGACGCCGCCAUCCCCUGGUCAGUCCAAUGUUGGGGGACAAGGAACAGGUAAGGGUUAUGUUGUGGAUGUCGACACCGCCGAAAAAGAAGUUUUAUUACCCCGGAACACGGAAGAUGUCCACACAAAAACAACAGAGUGGUCACACAAGCACGCGUCGUAUACAAUACGGGUUUACUCUAAGCGAAUAACAUGGUGA